CGAGGCGGGGGCGGGGCUCAGGAAGGGGAGCCGCGAGGGCCUGGGAACCUUGCCGCGCCAGCCGGGCUGCAGCCGCUGCGCACUGACCGCCACGAUGGGGCUGGAGACAGAAAAGGCAGACGUCCAGCUCUUCAUGGAUGACGACUCCUACAGCCACCACAGCGGAGUCGACUAUGAGGACCCCGAAAAGUUCGUGGACUCAGGUCAGGACCGGGAUCCCCACCGACUCAACUCACAUCUCAAGGUGGGGUUUGAGGAUGUGAUCGCCGAGCCAAUGAAUAUGCACUCCUUUGACAAAGUAUGGAUUUGUAGCCAUGCCCUUUUUGAAAUCAGCAAAUAUGUGAUCUACAAGUUCCUGACUCUGUUCCUGGCUAUCCCCCUGGCCUUCACUGCAGGAAUUCUCUUUGCUACCCUCAGCUGUCUCCACAUUUGGAUUAUAAUGCCUUUUGUAAAGACCUGCCUAAUGGUCUUGCCAUCAGUGCAGACAAUAUGGAGAAGUGUGACAGAUGUCAUCAUUGCCCCAUUGUGCACAAGCAUAGGACGCAUCUGCUCUUCUGUCAGUCUGCAAGUGAGCCAUGACUAAGCAGCUGGACAUCACAUCUGGAACGCUGGAUACUGUUCUUAAUUGUUACUAAAAAGUACUACGGUUCUGGGUUCUGUCCACACCCAAACUGUUAUCAUUCAGAAACUAUAAAAAUAGGCAACCACAUUUAGAAAUGUUUAUUGGUAGGUCUUUUCACAUUAUGGUUUUCUAAUUAGUUAGCAAAAAAUUAGUAUGUAACUUUAUAAACAGAUUUAUACAGUAGGUUGGCAACCCUUAAUUUUAAAGGUAGUUUUGCUACAGUCCAAAUGUAUAUAUUGUAUAAUGAUGAGUUUAUAAUGGUCAAAAAACAUUUUCCUCAAACAAUACAAUGGUUUUAUACACAAUUUCUGAUAACACAAUCAAACUCUAUCUUUUUUUUUCACUGUAGAAAUACUACUUUUAAAGUUAUCUUUGCAGAUAAAGUCAUAGGAAUGCUUUAAUGGCAAGAUAUACAAAGACUCCAGAAAUUUUAGCAAAAGCAUACAGUGAUGGUUGGGGCUAUCAAAUAUAAUAAAACAAAUUAAUAUGAAAAUAAGUUCCCAUUUUAGUGUAUAUUUUAUACUUACUGUAAAUGUUGCUUUAAUCAGAUUGAUUUAAAGCACUUUAUUUGUUAUCUUGUUGAACUAAUAUAUAGAAAAUGAAUAAUUCUAGGGAAACUCAUUGGUGAUAUUAUACUGUCUUAACGAAGCAUAUUUACCUUCACUGGGAAUAGAAUGUGAAAAGAAUAGUAUGCAAAGUGUUUUUCUUUAAUUUUUCCAUGCAUACUCCUGAAAUGUUUUCUCUUAAAACAAUAAAAUAGCUGUGAUCUUAAAAUAAUUCUAAUUUAACAUAUAUUUUUGUCUAUGACAUGCUUAUUCUCUUAGAAAUUAAACCUGUAUUUUAUGUUCCUAUUAAUAUUUCAUUCUAUCUUCAAGUAAUACUGGUGCUAUUUAUAAUAUUUUGUAAUAAAGACCAUUUCCUAUACUUAAAUACAACUUCAAUUACAGUAAUUUACAGAGAAAGAUUUAAAGAGCAGUUGUCAACUUGUUGGAUUUAUCUCACUACUGAGUUAUAUAUAUAAUUAAAAACUAAAUGCUAUAAACUUGCAACACAUUGUUUAACAUGGGAUUCAUUAUACAAUGUAAAAUGUUCUUAUCACUUUUGGAAAAUCAAGUUUUAUACAGUUUUGUUAUUUAAAUAUUAUCAUUCCAUAAUUAUGGGCAAGUAGAAAAGAUGUAUUUGAUGUGAGUCAUUACUAGAAUUUGCAUAUUUUAAAAGUGUAUAAAAAUGUUCAAAUUUCAGAAUUACUAUCAGAAACUGAAUUGUCAGUCCUUUGAAUAUUUUCACCAUGACAAGUAUUCAUUUAUUGAAGAUUAAUUUUAUUUUCCCAAAUUGGCAGAACUGGUGAAUAUAAAAGCUGAAUAGACUAGGCUACUGUUGAGGGCCAAAACAAACAGUGAUUAAUUUAUGAAACUCAUCUUCUGAAAGCAGCUAUAAAAGAGACUUUUCCAAAACUGUGUUAGGUCAUUGUAACAUCCUCAAAAGAAACUCAUUAUCAUUAUCUUAAAGCAUUUCCACUCAUUUAAUUGGAUAGACCUUGUGUUGGUUUAAAACAUUAACCAAAGUCUAAUAACUUUAUAAUUAUAUCUUAAAAGUGUUGCAAAAAUACUUAGAUACAUUGAUUGGUCAAAAGUACAUGAUUAAUAAAAUAGCUGGUCGUCUUCUUCUAGCGUUUGCCCUUCUUCCGUAGCCAGUCAACAAUGUCAGGUUGAGCCUGAUGUAAAGUUUCGAGACCUCCUUUGAAUCUGGAGAGGUGGCAGUCGUUGACAGUCAUAGUCUGUCUGUAGCCGCAGGGGCAGUUCAGGGUAUCUCUGGCUCCCCAGCGAUGGAACAUAGCGGUGCACUGGCCAUGGCCUGUGAUAGCGAUUGAGGAGGGCCCAAUCAUAACGUGCUAGGUCAAAGCCGGGUUGACGCUUGCAAGGGUCUGUGAUGAGGUGUUUGUUCUUUACCUCAGCUGACUGCCAGCUCUGUUUCCAAGAGCCUGGAACAGAGAAGUUCAGUGUAGGCGUAGGAGACCAGAUUGGAUGACGAGACGUCAAGCGUUGGACAGGGUGGGUGAAGAUAUCCGCGUAUAUUGGCAGGUCCGGUCGAGCGUAGACUUGGGAAAUGAACUUAGAUGAUGCCGCAUCCUGAUGAAUAUCUGUGGGACGAUGUUGCUAAGAACUGGCAGCCAUGGAACCAGGGUGGAAUGGAUGGCUAAAUAAAUAACUGGUUAAAUAAAUCAUUAAAAUCUAUCUUUAGAUAGCUAUUGGCAAGUUUUAAAGGCAAACUAUAUACACAGUCAUGUAACAAAACCUUUAAGAAGUAGUAUAUAUGAUUUUCUUAUGUCUGAGUAGCACUGAUUAAUUUCAAAAUGAAAUUUUAUUUCAAAUAGUUAUUUUACUUCAAACUGAAUUUUUAUAUCAAGUGGGUCCAGGUUUCAUAUGGAAACAUAUUGUUUCUUUCAUUAUGGAUAUGGGAAGUAGGUGAUAAGGAAAUGUUUUCAGUAUUCAUAAUAAACUUUCUAAAUAUUCAUAAAA